CGGAAAAAAAAAGAGAGGAGAGAAUCACCGUCUCUCCGCAUACAUCACCUCGGCCGGCGCUGGCACCGAUCUCCUCCAGAGUCCAAGCCCUUCACCCAAAGCCAUGGCCGCGCGGCGUCGCUCCCUCCUCAUGCUCCCGCCCCUCCUCCUCCUCCUCUCCCACUUCCUCUCCCUCGCCGCCGCCUUCCAGUCGGACGAGCUGCUCCUCCACGACGACGACGAGUUCGAGGGCACCCGGGCCUCCUCCACCCCCUCGCUCCGGCCGCCCUCGACGCCGCCGGUAGUGUCCUCCCGCCGCCGAUCCGCGGACGCGACGCAGGCGGCUGGCGCCUCCGAGUCCAACACCGUCCAGUUCACCCUCGAGCACGACCUCGGAGCCGGCCUAGGGUUCGGCCCCGCCGGGUCCUUCUCCGCCCGCCUCAAGUCCUCGGCCCACGGCUCCCAGACUCUCACUAAGCUCCGAUUUACGAGGAAUGAGUUGACUGAGGAUGAAAAGAAUGCAUUUAAGAAAUUACUGGAAGAAGAUAGUUUUUACACAAUAAGGCUACCGUCUAAUGUGUUGGAUCCUACAAGAAACGAUUAUAUUUAUUCCUCAAUCAAAGCGAGAUGCAUUCCACGUGACAGCUUGGAUGAACAUAUUGUCAUCCACAUGGACGGUGUAAAUAUUUUGGCUGUUAAUUAUGGUUCCGUUGGUGGAUGCCAAUAUCCCCGGCCAAUGGAAGUACCAUCAAAAUGGACAUUCAAUUCAUACACUAUUCUGAAGACUGCUGACCAAGCACCAAGAACUCCAUCAUUUGUAGAGCAAUUGAUAGAAACUGAGAGUGGACUCGGUGAAGUGAUGAAACCACCUGAGAAAUCUUUCUGGGCUAAAUAUUGGAUGUACAUCAUUCCUCUUGGUCUCAUUGUCAUGAACGCCGUCACAGCAGCAGCAAACAUACCCGAGGAGCAAGCUGGAGGGCAGGGUCAAGCUCCAGCACAAAGGGCGCCAAUUGCUGCUCCAAGGAGAAGAUGAUGGCUUCCUAUAUUCUUUGCAUGCCAUAGAUUCACAAAGAAUGGACAGGGGGGAUGGAUCUGCUUGACCUUCCCCAGAACAGGGGCAGUACUAGCGGCAACAAGACUCACUUGGUUUUUCUUUUUCUCGCAUUCAGAAACCCACCUUGUUGUAGAAUCACCUCAGAAAGGUCGCGUGUUCUGCUCGCAUCUACACGCGUAUUUUUGCCUGUUGAUAGAAAUUACCAUCAGUCCUUAACUCGGUUCAAACUGCAUGCCUUAAUAUUCAGAACUAGCUUAAUUUACCAAUAUCAAACAUUGUAUGUUUUGCUCAUAACCCUCCUGUAUCAACAAAUUCGUGCUGCUUGCAUUGCAUUGUCGACGGUUUGGUGCUUUGA